UCUCUCUCUUGAAUUCAAAAACCCCGUGCUCAACUCAGUUCACAGUUUCAUACCACCCCCACUGGAACUCUCUGCUAGUAAGAAUUUUCCAGUAAAGCCUUUUCCGGAUUUCCAGCCCCGAUCCCAAUUCCUCCUCCUUUUAUUUGUUUCUUUCUUUGCAAUUGGGCGAAAAAGCCACAACCCGACGAACCCUAUAAACGUGUUGAAAUCAUCAUCAUCCAUUAUGGCCUUCCAACUACACUACUGACACUUUGUGCAGAUUUCCCGCACUCACUAACACCCCCCUCCCUCGUUUCGCUUCUCUUUAUAUGCCCCUCUCCCUCUCAACCUCAUUCCUUUCCUCCCUCCCGCAUCGUCACACAGCCUCUUCCUCCACCCUCUUGAUCUGAUCCAAACUUCGUCAACACUAUUUGGAGGGUUUGAAAAAAUAUGGGGAAACCAGGAAGCAGAGACUGGACUCAGAUCUACGCCAUAUACGGACUCGACCAGUGGCAGACCAUACUCUUCCUUCUCUUCCACGCCGUGCUAUUUACCAUUCUGUCCCUCCUCUACCUCACUUACUUCGACCCCAUCACCCUCUUCUUCCACCGCCUCCUCCCCAUCGCCUCCGCCCGCUUCGCCGCCGGCUUCACCGGCUCCGUCACCGCCCUCUCCGCCCUCUGCCUCUUCUUCUCCUCCUUCCACUUCCUCCACUCCUCCCUCCCCCUCCACUACGACGUCGUCCAGCGCAUGGUCGCCUCCGUCCACGACUGGUCCACCGUCAAGCACGCCCUCGACCUCGGCUGCGGCCGCGGCAUCCUCCUCAACGCCGUCGCCACCCAGCUCAAGAAGGAAGGCAGCUCGGGCCGGGUCGUCGGGCUGGACCGGUCCAAGAUGACCAGCCUCAACACCACCUUGCGAGCCGCCAAGCUGGAAGGCGUCGGCGAAUACGUGACCUGCCGUGAGGGCGACCCCAGGCGAUUGCCGUUCGGGGAUAACUACUUCGACGUGGUGGUAUCCGCGGUGUUCGUCCACACCGUAGGGAAGGAGUACGGGCAUCGGACGGUGGAGGCUUCGGCUGAGAGGAUGAGGGUGGUAGGUGAGAUGGUCCGGGUAUUAAAGCCCGGUGGGUCCGGGGUCGUGUGGGACCUACUGCACGUUCCGGAAUACGUGCGGAGACUGCAGGAGCUGAAGAUGGAGGACAUUCGGGUCUCGGAGCGGGUCACGGCCUUCAUGGUCAGCAGUCAAAUCGUGUCGUUUAGGAAGCCCAGUCAGCACUAUUUUGGGCUCGGAGAGGUCAGGCUGGAUUGGAGAUGCUGAGAUUUGGAAGCCCAAACUCGGGCCCCCUCCACCACCAUAUACACUCUCAGAAUUAGUAUAAUUUUCACCUUAUAUGAUACAUAACAACAACAACUUUUUUAAGGGUUUGAUUAAAGAUGGCAUUAAUCAAACCAUUGAUGGGUUUUUAAUUUCGGGGUUUAAAUUUGUAAUGUCUGGAGAGGCGAAGCUGGUCCAGAUGGCACGUGCUAAAUAUACAUGUAUAAUAUUAGUUCAUGAUGAGUAGUUUGUUGGAUAUAUACUCUUCCCCAUCUAUAAUGGGACUGUGAUGAAGAAGCUGGUUGAUUAUGAUUUUGUAUAAAUUUUUAUGCUGUAG